AUGGAAGCGAAUCGACGGUGGGUGCAAGGGUAUACUGAUCCGGACGAUGAAUUCGAAGAUGUGCCUCCCAUUCUUUCUGACUCCUACAGCAGCAGGGUUAUAGAUCUCGUUAUCCAGUACGAACAGCAAUCCGGUCGGCCCUACACUGGCCCCGGCGUCGCAUGGGUGGCUGAAGCCAAAGCUGCUCGCCAGGCCCAUGACGGACAGGUUUCGUCAGCGGUACCCCAGGCAGCACGCGUCGUAGAGAAUCAACCUCCUCGCGGGGUAUGCUAUGACGUGCUGCAUGACAAGGUCGAGAUGUCUAUUCCCCUGCAGGCGACGGAGCCUAAUAGACAGGCGCCUCAAUCUACCCCCAAGCAAGUCUCUCCAAGACGGGUCCAGGAGCUGAGUGGUCGACCCAAGCCAUCUCCACUCAAAUCUGCACACGCAGAGGAAGCCAAGGUGUCGCUGGUGCAGCGUUCCAAGAAGGACCAGGAGAACGUGAUGACCUGCCGCGAGGUCGAGUCUACCAAAGACGUCCCAGUUCCCACGUCAGAAGCCCCGUCUGGAGACACGCAGGACUCACUUGCAACCAUCUUUGGAGCCAAGCAGCAAGUGAAUGACCUUACCAAAGUGACGGAAGCGCAACCGCGGCAGUACUGGUUGGGACGACUAGUCACCCUCAUCAAUGCCUUUCACUACGAGGACUCGUUCCAUCACCCCGACAUUGCUACCGGAUUCAGCAUGCUCUCCAGCUAUUCCCGUCCCUUGGGUGAUACAUCGUCCAAGCCUUCGCUUUACCGCACGAAGCGCGCAUUCAUGGUUCUUGAAAACGAAUGCGUGACUGACGAAGCUGCCGCCAGUCUUUGCGAGUUCCGAGACGAGUAUAUUCGUCAUUAUGGGGAUCGGUGGAUGGAGUAA